UGCCACACUUCAAGUUCUUUAUUUCAUGCCUCAUUUACAGAAAGCUGGAACACAAUAUGGAGUCUGUGCUUUGUUGCUAUUUACUCUUUUUUGUGAUGAUUGGCCUUUGUCCUCUCUUGAUUGGUGCUGAACUUAAGUGUUCGGAUAGCAACCUAAGCAUCACUGGAGGCACCUUCACUCUCUCCAAUAAUUAUGAUGAAGACAGCAUCCUGAUGUACCGCUGUCCACAGGGUUAUUAUCCAUAUCCUGUAAAAAUGCGGCAGUGUUCCAAAGGCAAGUGGCAUCCUGUACCCACCAGAAGACGAUCAGAGUGCAAAAAGAUCACAUGUCCUAAUCCACAUGUUAUGGACAAUGGAGAUGUAGAGCCCUAUAAGACACUGUACUAUGUGAAUGACACGACCACCUACAGGUGUCAUUCUGAUUACACAUUUCGGGGGUCCCCCACACGUGUGUGUCAGCUCAACGGCAAAUGGAGUGGCAUCACGCCGAUUUGUAGUCGUGACUCUGAUUACUGCCCUGAUCCUGGCACACCCCCUGGUGCCAGCAGAACAGGGCACAUCUUCAAUAGUAAUGACAAAGUGACCUACCACUGUGAUAGUAAGCUAAAACUGCUGGGCUCCAAAAUGCGUGUGUGUCAGGAUAGUGGCCAGUGGUCAGGACGAGAGCCGGAGUGCUACGCUGAUUUCACAUAUGACACCCCAGCAGAAGUAGCAGAGGCUUUUGGCAGCACUCUAAAGACUCUAAUUCCACACAAGGAAAAUGGGAAAAUCAGCCUGGACCAGAAAGGAAAACUUAACAUCUACAUUGCUCUGGAUGCAUCUGUCAGCACAGAGGAAGAAGACUUUGAUCGGGCAAAAGAGAUCAUUAUAAAGCUCAUAGAUAAGAUCAGCUACUAUGAGGUCUCUCCAAAUUAUGAGAUCAUCAUUUUUGCCACAGAGGUGACAAGAAUAGUUAGCAUCACAGAUUACAAAAGGGAAGAUGAAAAAAAGCUGUAUAAAAUUAUCAAAACACUGAACAAUUAUAAAUAUGAUGAAAAAGGACAAAAAUCAGGAACAAAUAUUGCUAAAGCCUACAAAACUAUUUUGGACAGCAUGAGUUUUGAGAAGACCAGCAAUAUAACAGCCUUCAGUGAAACCCAUCAUGUCAUCAUCAUGUUCACUGAUGGUAUGUACACUAUGGGAGGAAACCCUGCACACACUGUUAAUGAAAUCAAGCAACUUGUGUACAAUGGAGAUGAACUGAAACAGGAUGAAUUUCUUGAUCUAUAUGCGUUUGGAGUGGGGGAAGAUGUACAGAAGGAGGAUAUUGAUGACUGGGUGUCAAAAAGACCAAAUGAAAAGCAUUUCUUCUUAUUCAGAAACAUGAAAGAGUUGCAACGAACCUUUGAUGAGAUGAUUGAUCAAAGCAUUGAUCGUUUUCCAUGUCGUCUGUGUGGACUCUACAGAGACUAUGAUGACAAUAGUGAUGAAACCAGGCGCCGUAGAUACCCCUGGCUCAUCCAGUUUUAUGUGACUCGCAAAGAUGGCAAAGCAUCAAAUUGCUUGGGAUCACUGGUCUCUCCUUCAUUCAUUCUAACUGCGGCCCACUGCUUCAAGUUUGAAGAUGUUCUUGAUAAUAUCAAACUCGAGACACCUACUGGCAAAAACUUGCAACCACUAAAGGCAAAGAAUUUAAUAAUUCAUCCAAAAUACGAACCCAGAGGUGAAAUGGAGGGAACUUUGGAGUAUUAUGAAAAUGAUGUGGCUCUCAUAGAACUGGAAAAUGGAAUAGAGGCUGAUGCCAGUCUCAGACCUGUUUGCAUUCCCUGCACCAAGGAGACAAGUGUGGCUCUAAGAUUGCCUGGCAGGGAUGUGACGUGUGCAAAACAUAAGGAAGAGCUGCUGAGUGGUGACCUUGUAGAUGCAUUCUUCAUGUCAUCUAAACCAAAACAAGGCAUUCUUCCAAAGAACAAUGUCAAAAUCAAACAGGGGCAUAAGAGGGAUGCAUGUAUUGAAGAUGCCAAAAAGGCAUUAAAUAUCUCCAAUGAAAAAGCAAGGCUACUUAUUACAGACAAUUUCCUGUGCACUGGUGGACUGGAACAAAAUCAUAUGGAUGAGGUUUCUUGCAAAGCCGAUUCUGGUGGGGCUACAUUUGUGCAGCAAAGGUUUCGGGCAUUCCAGGUUGGAGUUGUCAGCUGGGGUCUGAAAGAUCUGUGCACAGGCAGCAUCAGUUACGAUGAACUUGAAACAGUCAAAGACUUCCACAUAGACCUCUUCAAUCCGGAAGUGCAGGUGUUUCUUAAAACAUACCUGGGUGAUAAGGAAAGAGGAACUUCUCUGACGUUUUUGAAAAGAUAAAAGCUGAGGUCUGCUGCUAUAAACAUGUUAUUUGACCUUUAUACCUUUCCAUCAGAAUUUUAUCAUUGUAACUUGUGAAUAUUUUCUGUGAUCAAAUGUUUGUUUCUUUACACAUUAAUGGACGGAGUUAAAGUCUAAAACAACAAACUAGUUUUAAAAAAGAAAAAAAAAAAUAUAUAUAGAAAAAAGUAAUUUAGGGUAGCAUUGAUAUCCAUCCAAGCCUGGACAUGCUUUUAGUCAGUUGGACAUUCUAGAUUUGCUAUUUCACAGAAAUCAUGUUUCCUGUAUGAAUGCGUAUGGAGUAUACAACAGGUGCAGGAUUGUUUCUUUAGGAGCUGUAAAACCAGAAAAUAGUAAUCUAUGCUGAUUAAGUGUGUAGAAUUAUCAUUAGAAUGCACAGACAUGGGUAGGGAACAUAUUCUACCCUUGUCAAAUCUGAUACAGAUUUGUUAACAAAUUAACUUUUGAACAUUUCUUUGAUCAAUGUAACAAAAAGCAUUUUUAAAUGUUGACUAGCAUGAUGUCCUGUAUUCAUUUGGAUCAUUAAUCAAUCAUAUAUUAAAUCAAGCAUACCUUGCUAUACCAACAGGGUUGGGAGAAUUACUUUUAAAUAGUUUUUGGGUACAGAUUACUGAUUACCUGUUAAAAACUGCAAUCUAUUAUCUAAUCCAAAGAAGUAGUAUAUUAAAGUUAUGUAAUCUGAUUAA